GGGAAGGUCGAUUGUAAAAGCAAGACCUUUAUCGGUUCACUUUGUGGUCAUGUGAGUCGCAGUGAAAAUUAUUUCCAUGUCCUGACCGUUAUUAACAAAGAUGUAAUUAGCGAGGACAUAUCUGAUGUCAAGUAUAAGACUGAUGGGGUUAAAGUCAUUGAGUGUCCUCCAGAGACCAUGCACAAGUCUGUCCUCACCAACAAUGAGUGCCAGUCAGUGAAACAGACAACUACCCUCUAUAAGACAACCCAAAGGGAGCAAAGGUGGGACACCAGCUUUUCGUUUACAAUGGGUGUCAAGAGUUCCAUCACUGCCGGAAUCCCCUCAAUCUUGUCCACAGGAGUCGAGUUAAGCGCUGAAACGACCCUCCAGUUCACCAAAGGGACCACUUAUACCGAGUCGACCACCCACACUGUUUCUGUUGAGGCCAGUAUCCCACCAAACCACUCCUGCCGUGUCAGUAUGGUGGGAUAUAAGUACGCGGCAGACAUCCCAUACACUGCACGCCUCAAGCGCACCUACAAAAAUGGGGAGACCUCAUGGACGUCCAUCUCUGGGACCUACAAAAGCGUCCAAAUGGGAGAAGUCCGUGGUGUGGUGGAUCGCUGUGAACCUGUACCUGAUGCCAAGCCCUGUCCCUUAAAGAAAGAAUAA